GCAGUUUGUAGGGCACCAGGAUAGGCGUGUUUAUACGGUCGGCGCGGAUGUGGGAAAGCGCGCCAACAGAAGAAGCGAUUUUGUUUCAUAUGAUUAGCAAUAUUUUGGUCGGUUUCUGGAGGACAUGGCAUCUACAAGCAAAACGCCACUACAAUCAAGGAAUCUGCCUUGGGUUGAGAAAUACCGGCCACAAACUUUGGAUGACUUAAUCUCACAUAAAGACAUUCUGAGUACAAUUCAGAAAUUCAUCAGUGAAGAUCGAUUGCCUCAUCUCCUUUUCUAUGGGCCUCCUGGUACGGGAAAGACCUCUACCAUCCUGGCCUGUGCCAAACAGCUGUACAAGGAUAAAGAAUUUAAUUCCAUGGUCCUAGAGCUAAAUGCAUCAGACGACAGAGGCAUAGAUGUUGUGCGCGGGCCGAUCUUGAGUUUUGCCAGCACCAGGACCAUUUUCAAAAAAGGCUUCAAAUUGGUUAUACUGGAUGAAGCUGACGCCAUGACCCAGGAUGCCCAGAAUGCAUUGAGGAGAGUCAUUGAGAAGUUCACUGAGAACACCAGGUUUUGCCUGAUCUGUAACUACCUGUCCAAGAUCAUCCCGGCCCUGCAGUCACGAUGCACGCGGUUUCGCUUUGGUCCCCUUUCCCAGGAUCAGAUGAUCCCCAGGCUGGAGCACGUUAUAAAGCAGGAAAAUAUUGAUAUAACACCAGAUGGAAUGAAGGCCAUUGUGACAUUAUCCACUGGAGACAUGCGAAGAUCGUUGAACAUUUUACAGAGCACCACCAUGGCUUAUGGAAAAGUAACAGAAGAUACAGUCUACACUUGCACCGGCCAUCCCCUCAAAUCAGAUAUCGCUAACAUCCUAGACUGGGCCUUGAACAAGGAUUUCACCACAGCUUACAAUCAAAUCCUGCAGCUGAAGACCCUGAAGGGCUUGGCUCUGCAUGACAUUUUGACGGAAGUGCAUCUCCUCAUACACAGAGUGGACUUUCCACCAUCAAUUCGAAUGGGCUUGCUCAUCAAGUUGGCAGACAUUGAGUACAGGUUAGCUUCUGGAACAAGUGAGAAGAUUCAGCUGAGCUCCAUGGUUGCUGCUUUCCAGGCAGUCCGAGACAUGGUGGUCAGUGACACGUAGACUCUUUGUGCAGUUUCAUGACAAUUGCAAGGACUGCUUCAGCUUACGUGGGUCAGAGUACAGAAAACAAACUAAUUCUGUUAGCCUAUCCAACCAUAAAACAUACCCCUUUAUUAUG